AUGAAGACCACAGGAAGCUUUGCCCUUCUUGGGCUUAUGCUUCUCAGCUGCCUUGCUGAUAUUGCUGUUGCUCAGAGACGGGCCUCCUGUGGCAUGUUCCUGACAUCCGGGAAAACCCCACAGCUGCAGGUCGCCUGUCCCCGCGACUACAGCCCCGUCUGUGGAACUGAUGGCAAGACCUACCCCAACGAGUGCACCCUCUGCAGGGAAAUCUUCACUCGCAACCGCAACAUUGACAAGAAGCACGAUGGCAGAUGUGUCAAGGUUGACUGUACUGGCUUCCUGAAACCAAGCAGUGGUCAAGUGGUUCCCUGCACCAUGGAGUACAGCCCCAUCUGCGGCACCGACGGCAUCACCUACAGAAACAAGUGCAACUUCUGCACUGCUGUGGCGAACGGUCUGGAGGUCAACCUGCGCAGCUAUGGAGAAUGCUUCCAGGAGCAGGUUGACUGUGGUGACACCCAACAGAAGGGUCUCAGCAACCUCGUCUGCACCUCCGAAUUCGACCCGUUCUGUGGCUCUGACGGCAGAACUUAUGGAAACAAGUGCCAGUUUUGCAACGCAGUUUCCCGCAGCCGUGGAAGUCUGUUCCUCAGACACCGUGGCCAGUGCUGA